AUGUCGAUCGUCCCAACCAACGACAAUGAUCGAAGAAUCAAUGUUUAUGACCCAUUCUUUCUUGAUCCCCGGAACCCACUCUCAGAUUUUCCUUUCUUUCCCUCCUCAAUUUCCCGCGUUUUCCCGGAAUUGAACCUGGGUGCUCCGGUCAAUUCCCGUGUAGACUGGAGGGAAUCUUCCGAUGCCCACAUCUUCCAAGCUUGUCUUCCUGGUUUUGCCAAUGAAGACGUGCUCGUAGAGCUUAAAGACGAACGGGUUCUUCAGAUUAGCACUGAUAGUGGCAGCUUCAUGACCAGUUUCAAGGUCCCUGAGAGCGCAAAGCUCGAUCAGCUCAAGGCCUUUAUGAACAAUGGAGUUCUCACUGUUACUAUUCCUAAAGAGGAAGCUAGAAGGCCCGAGGUCAGAGUCGUUGAAAUUGCUGGCGAGGACUGA